GUCGCUAAGGCGUGGGUGAUCCACAGACUGCUUGCCCUACCCACCCUCGCCGCCCCCGCCUUCCCAAGGCACCCGACGCCCCUCCACCCACGCAUAUCUGGAAAAUCGUAGCCUGGAAGAGGAGUGCUGAAGCAGGUGAAGAGGUUGGUAAGGAGGGGCGGCAAACACUCCCUCCCUCCCACCCACACCGUAUGGUGGUGUCGGUACUGCACUUGGCAGGGUUCGGCUAGUGGCACUCGGGCCCGCGGGAGAGGCGUCGGGCACCACAUACAUCGCCGCCCUACUGACGAAGGUCCCGCCACACGCCUGGGCACACACGACGCCUCGCCCUCAUACUGCAGAAGGUGUUGUGUGGAUGGACGAUGAUGGUAACAGAACCUGUGUCACGCUAUUGCUGUUGUCACGUUAGUGUCACGAGAUGAAAUGUUGUGAUGUGUGCUGAAGAGAAUAUUGUUCCGUGAGGUGAUGACUUAAGAAAUUAUCAAAAUUGGUCAGAAAACAGUUGCGGGAACGAAUUGUUGGAUUACACGAGUCGGCGGCCCGGAAGAACGGUAAUAACUUAAUGGUGAACAUCGGUGGCAGGGGCGAGUAUCUACCUUCACCCACCUCGCUGCGUAUCACUCAACUAACACUUUCAUUUACGUAAGAUUUGUACAUAUACUGUAUAUAUAUAUAUAUUAUAUAUAUAUAUUCAUAAAUCAAUCAGGUUAAACAUAUAUGCCUCAGAGACUAAACUAGUGGUCGGACAGAAAACAACCCCAUCGAAACCAAUAAAAACCUUCCUUAACGACCAUCGCCAGGACUAAUUGACCAAUCAGCGACGAAUCAACGGCGGAAGACGAGGUGUGAUGUUGUGAUUGGUCAGUUGUGAGGUAGUUAGCACGCGCGGGUCCCCCUGGGCACGCGACGCUGUGGCUAUGCUCGCCGCCCCUGACACCUUGUCAUUUGUCACGAUGAACCAGCUGUGUAAGGUGUGUGGGGAGCCGGCCGCCGGCUUCCACUUCGGCGCCUUCACCUGCGAGGGCUGCAAGUCGUUCUUCGGGCGAACGUACAACAACUUGUCGCAGGUGCACGAGUGUAAGAACGGCGGCCAGUGUGUCAUCAACAAGCAGAACAGAACAUCGUGUAAGGCCUGCAGGCUCCGCAAGUGUCUUAUGGUCGGCAUGUCCAAGACUGGCAGCAGGUACGGUCGACGCUCCAACUGGUUCAAGAUCCACUGCCUUCUUCAGGAGCAGGCUGCCUACAACGGCCAGACUGCCCCCAUCCGUACCCCCAUCACGCCCACGCUGCAGGACGGGUCGCUGCCCUUCGUAUCGUCUCAUCUUCGGGAAGUCAUGGGUCGGGAGGGUCCUGUAAGAGCCCCGCCUCCCAUCCAAGGACCUGACCUCCACGGAGCUCAGGACCUGCAGACGUCCCUCUCCUCCCUCAGUACAGCCAACCAGAUCAACGCGCAGGUGGAACGACGGCUGCAGGAGGAUGCCCUUCACGCUCUGACUCGAGGGGCAGGACAUCCUCCACAGAGCCAAGACUUAGAGGCGCACCACAGAGACCAAGUCCUCGAAGUUCUCAGACGGUCACAGAAUUUUGACAAUAUUCGCAGAACAUCAGACUUCGACUCGUUAAGAAGAUCUAUUGAUUUUGAUCCUCUUCGGAGGAACCUCGACAUAGAGACGCUCGACAAUCUUCGUCAAGUGGAAUCGGAUGUCGAGGCUCGACUCGGGCCUCUUGCUGUCCUCGAAUGGGAGAGGAGACUACGGGAGGCUUCGAGGGGGCGUCCCAAUGUCGAGAUUUCUUACGAGAGGAAGAACCAGAUGACACUCGAACUAAAAAAUGAACGUCGAGCUCACGACUCACCUAGUGUAGCUAAAUGCAUCGACAGGAGCGAGCAGGAGGUGGUGUCUACCAUUAAUGAUGAACCCAUCAAAAUUGAUUAUGAACAAACUAAAGUUUCUUUGCCGAGUCGUGAAGAGUUAGAUAAAUCUCGGCGUGAUUCAUCGCCCAAGUUCACCGACAGAAAAUCCGCGGGGAUCUUGAUGUCAGAAGAGGAGAGAUUAUCUUUCCUAAAGGCAGUUAAUAGUCACGCCUCUUUGUAUACUCGAGACCACUCCCCAGUGACCUCCACCGUCAGAGUACCUCCCAACACUGACCUCCUCUACAGCUCUCUAAACAACAACAUCUUCCCGUUUCCUCCCUACCCUCCUUUGUGGCCUUCCAUGCUACCCUUCCCCCCACUUGCCAAGUUUUACCCUUCCUUCGGCAACUCCGUCCCAUCUAUCGAAGGAUUCAAGAAUACGGUUUUCGGGUCUUCUGAGGCCACGAGUUCCCGACCUCCACACCGCUUGACGAAGGACGAGACCGUGACAAAGAAGAGGUUCCUGGACGCCGUUCUGCAGGUUCAGAGGCAGAAUGUAAGCCCCAUUGGACCUCCAAACUCUACAGGAGGGGCGCCUCAGCUUCACCAGACCAACUCGUCAGCAGCAGCAUUACCCUCCGUCACCAACAACACCUCGGCCGCCCCUCACGACCAGCCGAUGGACCUCACCGUCCGCAGGAAGAGAAAGAUGGACAAGAGCGAGAUUAUUUAUAACCCCGGCGAUGAUAUUGAUGCUGAUGAUACCUUGGACAGCGAAGUAGAUAAAGCGGACGAAAAAUGGUUAAAGAGGGAGGAAGAUAUACUAGAAGACGAUGAGGAAGAGGAAGAAGAGGAAGAAGAAGAGGAAACAAAACCAGAAGAGUUUGUGGAUUCAGAAACAGAAACGAAAUCUGAAGUUCCACUGAAGUUGAUUAAGCUAGACUCUCCCGGUGAGACAUUGGUCGUUUAGUACGAUAAACUGGUGGCGGGAAUCAGAGUAACACGAAGACGUAACAGGGCUAAGAGUGCUUCCUGAGCGUACCUACAGCGACCCAGCCAUAUGAAAACAGUCAACAACACUAUACAACGGCGACGCUGAAAUUCACUACAGCGGAAGAUUAACGUAAAACGAUAUAUAACGAAGAAAUAAAAGGAAAAUAACUUGAGCUACAGGUUAUUAAUGUUGACAAAAAUGGCUAUUAUGACCUACAGAAGGAAAAUGUUAUAUGUAGCUGAAUUCGCUAUAUCGCCAGUGAAGAGGCUGACUGUAGUACAACGAAGCGGUGCUGUAGAACCGAAUUUUACGAAAUAAGAUUAAAAACACGUUGAAGAAGGAGUAAAUAUGAUGACAGUGGACCAGCGAUAUACAGGAGAGAGAGAGAGAGAGAGAGAGAGAGAGAGAGAGAGUGGUGGUGAUGGAGAACUGUGUACACAAACCCGGUGAUGUUAAAGUGAACAAUGGUGAUCCUGGUUAUAUUGAGAAAACUGAAACGUUCCCGGUAAUGUAAGAUACAGUGAGCCUGUAAUGUAUGAUACAGUGAGCCUGUAAUGUAUGAUACAGUGAGCCUAUAAUGUAUGAUACAGUGAACUGGUAAUGUAAGAUACAAUGAAGUGGUAAGGUAUGAUACAGUGAACCGGUAAUGUGAGAUGACUACAGUAAUCCGGUAAAGUAAACAUAAUAUUCAGUGAACCGGGGGAGCAAAGAGUGAAAACUGGCCAGCUAUAACGACCGGAGUAUAAAGAACGAAAAAACAUGUAUAUAACGAACGAACGAACCAGAGAACUACGAAACGAAAUAUAUAACUUUAGAAACAAUACAAAAACAAAUUAGUUGCGUUUAUUUUUUAACUGAAGUGUAUAUAGUGAAUGUGCUUUAAGUACGAUAACAAACAGGUUUUUUGUGAUAUACAGAAAUAUAUUAUUACACAACCGUAUUUUUUACUGAAAUUACACAAGAUAAUGAGUUUUUUGUUAGAGGGUCAGAUGGCUCAGUGUUCCUUAUCAUGAAAACAAAUGAAUUACGAAAUCCUUAGAAAACGUUUUAUUCUUAACUUCCGUGUUUGUAAAUUAAUUAUGAGAGUUUUAUAAAAAUAUUAGAUUUAGAAAGACGAAUAGAACAAAUAUAAUAAUCUAUGUGAGAUCUUCGUCAGUCUGAACAUUGUAUCAAUCUGAGUGCCUUAAAUUCUCAGUGGAAACAGAUUUAAAUUAUACUCUGAAAAAAAGAGAGAAAAAGUCUGUGAAUUUUCAAAGAUUUAAAAUGUUAUGUACACCUAAGUGGCCUUUAAAACCCUCACUAGAGACAGGUUUUUGAGGGAUUGAUGCACUGGAAAAAAAUUGAAAUGACCAAAGUGUCUUAGAAGGAUGUGAAUAUUGUGUAAACUUAAGUGCCCUUAAACUCUCAGUGGGAAUAGGCUCUAAGUCAUAACAGUGCCAUACGAAUCAGGAGAAAAAGCUCUUAAGGAUUUAUAACAUUAAGUAGCCAGGUCAGGUCCUGCUUCCUGCACUAAACACUACCUAGUUUUUGUGCUUCAAUUAAAACAAUAAUGGUGUAUUUUUUUAAUGGAAUAAUAUGGUUUUUUUUAAGUUUUCCGUGGAACACUUUAGAAGUGUUUUUUUUUUCCUUAUUUAUCUCUGAUGUGAUUUAUUAACAAGAAGAUUUAGGGAAAAUAUUGAUAAACGUGUUAAUAAUUACGUGUUGUCAACAGUCAUCUCUCAGCCAGGCCAUGACACGUCGCUUUGUUUAUAUUUAGGUUCCUUGAUAUAUAUUUGUUUUGGUGUGGUGUUUGGUACAGCUGCUCUGAAAGAUGCACCUUACAGUGGCUUGAUGCUUGUGCACUUGUCACAGUGUAGCUCCUCCUCCUCCUCCCCCCCCCCCACCCGUCUCUCCCAACUACACAUGUGUGGUAGUCAGUGACAUUACUGAUAUACUUUCUCACUGCACAUCUGACUCUGGCACAGCUGCACAGGUGUGACGAGGUGCAGCUAUCUUUUGUUUACCUCACUACACAUCUGACUCUGGCACAGCUGCACAGGUGUGACGAGGUGCAGCUAUCUUUUGUUUACCUCACUACACAUCUGACUCUGGCACAGCUGCACAGGUGUGACGAGGUGCAGCUAUCUUUUGUUUACCUCACUACACAUCUGUUCUUGGUGUAAAAACUCGCAGCUUUGUUUGAUGUUAGUGACUCGCCGCCUCCACACACAGGCGGCAAUCACCACUAACACCCGCCAUAAUGCAUUGUAAUUUACUCUCCAAUGAUCAGUUUAAUUCUCCCUCUUUCCUCCCUCCCUCCCUCCCUUCCC